AUGGAGGAGCAGGACCCAGAAGGAAAUGGACCUGCCAAGGGAGCAAGGAAAGGCCCCCAUCCUGUCCAAGCUGGGAGUGGUGUUGAAUCCUGGGAGAGAGCUGUGCCAGAGAUCUGGAAUCAGGAGCCCCUGAACUCAGACGUACAUUGCCAACGCUUCUGGCAGUUCCGCUACUGUGAGGCCAAUGGGCCCCGAGAGGUUUGCAGCCAGCUCCAUGGACUUUGCAACCACUGGCUGAAGCCGAAGAGACAUACCAAGCAACAGAUCCUGGACCUGGUGAUCCUGGAGCAGUUCCUGACCAUCCUGCCCCAGGAAAUGCAGCGCUGGAUCAGAGGAUGCGGACCAGAGACCAGUUCCCAAGCAGUGGCCCUGGCCGAAGGUUUCCUCCUAAGUCAGGCAGAGGAGAAGAGGCAGGCAGAACAGAGGUGGGAUCCAUCCGUGAAGAUGGAAGCUGAGUUCUCUGAAACAGAAAGAGCUCCCUUGGAGGAAGGGCAGUGGGCCCAAGCCCAGGAGUGUGCCCAAGAUGCCCUCUCACGCGGCAGUGAAGAGACACUGUUGAUCCGUUCUCUUUGCGGAGGUGUGGAAACAGCUGCUGCACCUCCAGUCCAGUCUCCAGUUUCCUUUGAGGAGGUCGCUGUGCAUUUCACUGAGGUGGAGUGGGCCUUGCUGGAUCUGAACCAAAGAGCUCUCUACAAGGAAGUCAUGCUGGAGAACUAUGGGAGCGUGGCCUCUCUGGCAGGGAAUGAUCGGUGGAAUGAGGGUGAUUGGGAAGUGCAUCAGCUAUUGCCAGAUAAAGUGAAGAAUGAAUAUUUGAAAGGAAACUUUGGGAGUCAAGGCAGACUAAACAGGCAGAAAGAAAGUCAUAUGGUCAAGAAGAGGGAUAGACCCAUUCCUGGCCAAGAGCAGGAUGUCCGUGAACUAGUCCACAUGGUGGAGGAGGCAUGCAAGUGCUUUGUGUGUGGAAUGAACUUCUCAGAUCAAGCCCAAUAUGAUAUCCAUUUGCAAAUGCACAGUGGAAAGAAGGCCCAUCAAUGUUUAGAGUGUGGCAAGAGCUUCCUUCGCAGAUCAGAGCUCCUUAGACAUCAAAGAAUACACAAAUGGAAGAAACUUUAUAGCUGCUCCGACUGGGGCAUGAGCUUCACACAGAAAUCAGACCUUGUUCAACACCAAAGGAUUCAUUCAGGAGAAAAGCCAUUUAUCUGCAUGAAGAGUGGAAGGAUGUUCCCUUGUGGAAGAAAGGGUAAUGUACUUUUUCGAAAGCCUAGUGUAAUGGGGGCACAUAAAUGCUUUUGUUGUGGCAAGUACUUCAGGUACAGAUCACAGCUCCUUGUGCACCAAAGAAUACACACAGGAGAGAAACCUAUUGAAUGCUUAGAGUGUGGAAAGAGAUUCAGUCACAGUAGCACUCUUCAAAGACAUUUAAGAACCCACACUGGGGAGAAACCGUUUGAAUGCUCCGAGUGUGGAAAGAGAUUCAGUCAGAGUAGCCAUCUUCAAACGCAUUUAAGAACCCACACUGGGGAGAAACCUUUUGAAUGCUCGGAGUGUGGAAAGAGAUUCAGUCACAACUGUGGAAAGAGAUUCAGUGGCAGUACCUCUCUUCAAAUGCAUUUAAGAACCCACACUGGGGAGAAACCUUUUGAAUGCUCGGAGUGUGGAAAGAGAUUCAGUCAGAGAAGCUCUCUUCAAACGCAUUUAAGAACCCACACUGGGGAGAAACCUUUUAAAUGCUCGGAGUGUGGAAAGAGAUUCAAUCACAGUAGCCAUCUUCAAACGCAUUUAAGAACCCACACUGGGGAGAAACCUUUUGAAUGCUCAGAGUGUGGAAAGAGAUACAGUGGCAGUAGCUCUCUUCAAACGCAUUUAAGAACUCACACUGGGGAGAAACCUUUUGAAUGCUCGGAGUGUGGAAAGAGAUUCAGUGACAGUAGCUCUCUUCAAAAGCAUCAAAGAACCCACACUGGGGAGAAACCUUUUGAAUGCUCAGUGUGUGGAAAGAGAUUCAAUCACAGUAGCCAUCUUCAAAUGCAUUUAAGAACCCACACUGGGGAGAAACCUUUUGAAUGCUCCGAGUGUGGAAAGAGAUUCAGUGUCAGUAGCUCUCUUCAGACGCAUUUUAGAACCCACACUGGGGAGAAACCUUUUGAAUGCUCAGAGUGUGGAAAGAGAUUCAGUGUCAGUAGCUCUCUUCAAACGCAUUUAAGAACCCACACUGGGGAGAAACCUUUUGAAUGCUCCGAGUGUGGAAAGAGAUUCAGUCACAGUAGCCAUCUUCAAAAGCAUCAAAGAACCCACACUGAAGAGAAACCUUUUGAAUGCUCAGAGUGUGGAAAGAGAUUCAGUCAAAGUGGAGAUCUUCAACUGCAUCUGAGAACUCACACAAAGGAGAGACCUUUUGAAUGCUCCGAGUGUGGAAAGAGAUUCAGUGGCAGUAGCUCUCUUCAAACGCAUUCAAGAACCCACACUAGGGAGAAACCUUUUGAAUGCUCGGAGUGUGGCAAGAGAUUCAGUCACAGUAGCUCUCUUCAAACGCAUUUAAGAACCCACACAGGGGAGAAACCUUUUGAAUGCUCAAGAGUGUGA